CCAAUAUUUUCCACUCUUCAAAAUUUCUCUCACUAAACUCCUCUUUUUUUCUUCACUCUUUUCUCUCUCUUCAUUUUCUUCACUUUUUCUUCUUCAAAACAAAAAAAUCAUCAAUCAUGGCUCUUCUUAACGAUCUAAUUAACCUUAAUCUCUCAGAAACAUCUGACAAGAUUAUUGCUGAGUAUAUAUGGAUCGGAGGAUCUGGGUUGGAUAUGAGAAGCAAAGCAAGGACAUUAACAGGACCAAUAAGUGAUCCUGCAAAAUUACCAAAAUGGAAUUACGAUGGAUCAAGUACUAAUCAAGCUCCUGGUGAAGAUAGUGAAGUCAUUUUAUACCCUCAGGCUAUUUUCAAGGAUCCAUUCAGAAGAGGAGACAAUAUCCUGGUUAUGUGCGAUGCAUACACCCCAGCUGGAGAACCAAUUCCAACAAACAAGAGGUUCAAUGCUGAGAAAAUCUUUAGCCACCCAGACGUUGUCGCCGAGGAGCCAUGGUAUGGAAUUGAACAAGAAUACACACUUCUUCAGAAGGAUAUCAACUGGCCUCUUGGAUGGCCAACUGGUGGCUUCCCUGGUCCUCAGGGACCAUACUAUUGUGGUGUAGGUGCUGAUAAAUCAUUCGGGCGAGACAUCGUAGAUGCUCACUAUAAGGCUUGCAUCUAUGCUGGUGUCAAUAUCAGUGGAAUCAAUGGUGAAGUUAUGCCAGGACAGUGGGAAUUCCAAGUUGGUCCUACUGUUGGAAUUUCAUCUGGUGAUCAAGUCUGGGUUGCUAGAUACAUUCUUGAGAGAAUUGCCGAGAUUGCCGGAGUUGUUGUGUCUUUUGACCCCAAACCAGUGAAGGGUGAUUGGAAUGGUGCUGGUGCUCACACCAACUACAGCACUAAGUCGAUGAGGGAAGAUGGUGGGAUCAAUGUUAUAAAGGCUGCCAUCGAGAAGUUGAGUCUCCGUCACAAGGAGCACAUUGCUGCCUACGGGGAAGGCAACGAGAGGAGGCUCACUGGUCGUCAUGAGACAGCCGAUAUCACCACUUUCUCCUGGGGUGUUGCAAAUAGGGGUGCCUCUGUUCGUGUUGGCCGUGACACAGAGAAAGAUGGCAAAGGUUACUUUGAAGACAGAAGGCCAGCAUCAAACAUGGAUCCAUAUGUGGUUACUUCCAUGAUUGCUGAAACAACUAUCCUCGGAAAGCCUUGAAAACAUUAUGAUUAAUUCUGCAUUUCAAUAUAUCUUCAUGUGAAUUUGGAUAACAAUUGAAGUUGUAUUUGUGAUUAGACAACUAUUUUACAUUUUCUCCAGGUUUGAAAUAAAUUAUAUGUACGUUGUUCUGAACUUUUUUUCCUUAUCUUUUAUGAGAAGCUUGAUAGUACAAGGAAAUUUGGCUUAA